UUUUAGUAACCAACGUGGGAUUUUGGAACGUACCCCGGUUAGAGUGUGCAUGACCACGUGUGUGGAUUAAAUGGCGUAUACUAACCUUACUUGGUCCACUGAUCCAUCUUUGCGCCAUUACGUGUGUGGAUGAUUAUUUUUACUAAUGAGUAUUCUGUAUUUUUAAUAGACGAAACAAAAUGUUCGAAAUCAUAGUAGGAACAUAUGAGCAAUACUUACUCGGCUACAAAGUGCAGGAUACUGAAAAUGAGUAUCAAAUGAAAAAAAGUUUUAUAACUCACAGCCAUAUGGGAAGCAUACGUGCUGUUGCUACUCAUAAAUAUUACCUAGCUUCUGCUAGCGCAGACGAAACGAUAUGCGUAUAUGACUUGCGUUACAGGAGAGAAACGGGCAAGUUGAUGCAUCAUCAAGGUACUGUCAAUUAUCUCGCUUUCACUUCAGAAGGUUCACAUUUGUUCACGUGUAGUAGUGACGGAAGUAUAUCAGCAGUUCAUUGCGGAAAUUGGCAAAUUGAAAAACAUUGGUUGAAAGCGCACAAGGGCUGUACUGUACAUAGCCUUGCAAUUCAUCACUCAGGAAAAUUAGCAUUAUCGACGGGAGAAGAUGGCGUGCUUAGAACAUGGAAUCUGAUUAAAGGCCGGCCAGCUUACGCCACCAACUUAGUGCCAAAAUUGAAGCUGGAUGCGAAGUGGAUAACAAUCGUAAAGUGGAGUCCCGAUGGAGACAAAUAUCUGCUGGCUGUUAAUCGCAAUAUAUAUGUGUAUUCUGUGGAAACGGCUAGUAUUGAAAAGGAGUUUACAUUUAACUCGAAGGUUAUUUGCGUAGAAUUUUUAAGUAACACAUUAAUUGCGAUUGGUCACGAGAACGGCGAAAUUACGUUCUAUAAUCUCGAACUCGUGGAUCCUCAUGUAAUAAAUAUAAAGGCGCACGAUAUGAGAGUAAAGUGUAUUGCGCACAUGUCUGAUCUGUUAGUCAGCGCUUCCAGUUCAGGCGAGAUCAAACUUUGGAGGUAUAACAUUUCUAGCAUGAAAUUGCUGCAAACUGUUAAUUGUGGCGCAAGAAUUACGUGCCUUUCUUUAGCUAGCAUUUUUAAACAAGAGAAAUAUGAAGAAAAUUUAGUGGAAGUAAAAGAUGAAGAAAAAGAUCUAACGGAAGAAGAGGAAGAGAGCGAUUUAACUUUAAAAGAAGUAGUAGAAGUGAUAGACGAAGGGGAGAAUUUAACAGAAAAAAAGAAAACAGAUGAGAAGAAAAAUUUCAAAGUUAAGUCAAAAAAUAAUAAAAAGGUGAAGACAUUGCAAAUCUCAGAUAAAGAAAAAGAUUCAGUAGAACAAAUAGUAGAAGUGACAGACGAAAAUGAAAGUUUAACAGAAGAAAAAGAUAAACAAGAAAAUUUUAAAACUAAGUCAAAAAAGAAUAAGAAAGUGAAGACAUCGCAAAUCCCCUCCAAAAACCAUCAAAACCGAGACGUAAAGAAAAGAAAAUUAAUGAAAGAGGAAAUUGUUCAAAUUUCGAAGAAGAAAAAGAAGAAAACGAUAGAUUAGGAUUCAAUUGCAAUAGGACUUUAUAA